GAGAGAGAGAGAGAGAGAGAGAGAGAGAGAGAGAGGAGUCUCAGUGGGAAGCGGAGGAUGCUGCUGCUGCUCGCCUCCCGGAGGGUCUCCCCCGUUUUCCGUCUCCUUUGCUGCCUCCUGAGCGCAUCGUGGGCCUCUGCCGCCGGGCCCACAUAUCUUCUAGCAGCUCCUGAAAUCAUCAGGCCUGGAGCAAAUCUGACUAUUGGAGUCGCUCUGCUGAAGGCAAGCCCACCACGAGUUACAAUAAAAGCAGAAGUGCUUUCUGGGAACAAUUCAGUGCUUCAUGGAGAAGGCAUAUUUCAAAGAGAUUCUCUUGGGACACUUGUUCUUCCAGCUCUUCCCUUAGAUAGUUCUCCUGGUAGUUACAACUUACUUGUCAAAGGCUAUUCAGGGAGCCUUCUCCUGUUUUCCAAUCGCACUACCCUUUCAUUUGAACACAAGAGCUUCUCGGUCUUCCUGCAGACAGAUAAAUCUGUGUACAAGCCAGGGCAAGAUGUGAAAAUACGGAUUGUUACUCUGCAUCCUGACCUUAAGCCCUUCAACUCUCCUGUAAAUAUAUACAUUCGAGAUCCUCGACGCAAUUUGAUUCAGCAGUGGCUGACACAGAAUGUAAAGCUGGGCAAGAUAGCCAAGCAAUUUAAACUAUCUAAACAUCCUGUGUUGGGGGACUGGAGUCUACAUGUUGAAGUAAAUGACCAGGUACACCAUCAGACAUUUACUGUCAUGGAAUAUGUGUUACCAAAGUUUGAGGUCUUUCUAACAACACCACUAUAUUACUCUCCAAAAGCUACAAAUUUCAAUGGUACUGUCACAGCAAAGUACACGUAUGGAAAGCCAGUGAAAGGGAAACUGACUGUUACUUGCUUUUCAAUGUUCUAUGGAAAGAAGAGAAAUAUCACUAAAAUGCUGGAGUUUAGUGGAUCUGUGAACUUUACACUUGACAGUUUGGAGAUGAAGAACAUAACAUAUGCAGAUUGGGAUCCACAUGCAUUCCACCAGAUGCCCAUAGAGAUCACAGCUGUGGUUACAGAAACACUUACAGGAAUCAGCCAAAAUGCAAGUGCUACUGCAUUUCCAAAGCAUCAUGAUUACUCCUUAGAGUUUUUUGAGUUUCCAAGAGUUCUCAAACCUUCUCUAACUUUCAUUGCUAUGCUGAAAAUAACAAGAUUUGACAACACGCCACUUACACAUGAUGAAAGACAGAAUAAUGUAAUGAUCUCAGUUGAACCUUCAAAAAAUGUUGGAUUUUUGCAAAGAAUUUACUACAUGUAUGAUGACGCCAAUGAAUCACAGACAAAUGAAACCACACAGAACCUGAGUUAUCCUGUUCCAGAAGAUGGGGUUAUUCAAAUUGAAUUUCCAAUUCAGGAAAAUACAACAAGAUUGAAUAUUAAGGCCAAGUUUCUGGAAAGCCAAACUUCUAUAUCCAUACAUGAUACCUUCUACUCUGCCAGUAUGACUUACCUUCAGAUUAAAAAAGCAAGUCAAGAUGUAAAGGCUGGAGCACCUUUGGAAUUGAAUGUUCAGAGCAACAAACCCUUGAAAGAGAUCAGCUAUAUGGUGGUGUCUAAAGAACAAAUUGUGGCUGCCGGUAAAAAGAAGUCCACGACAUUUACUUUAACCCCAGAAAAUUCCUGGGCUCCUUCAGCAUGCGUAAUUGCCUACCAUGUGGAUGAUAAUGGGGAAGUAAUAAAUGAUGUCCUCAGGUUUCCUGUCCAGCCAGACUUCAAAAAUAAGAUUAAAAUGCACUGGAGUAAAAAUAAAGCUAGACCUUCAGAGGAUGUCACUCUUAAAAUCAGUGUGACUGAACCCAAAACAACCAUCGGACUUCUUGUUGUUGACAAAAGUACAAAGCUGCUGGGGAAAAGAAGUGAUAUCACAGAGGAUGCUGUCCUCCAUGAGCUAAGUUUAUAUAAUACAGCACUUCAUUAUGGGGAAGCCAGAAAUGCCUACAGUGUCUUUCAGAAAUGCAAUCUCUGGGUAUUGACUGAUGCCAGCCUUCCAGAACAUAUUGGAGACUAUGAUUUCUAUAGUGAAGGUGUAGAUUAUGCUCUUUAUGAUGAUGUUGUUCACCCUCAUUUGGAGAACACAGCUAUGCCUGUUGAUUUUGGUAAUCCCUAUGUAAGGACAAAUUUUCCAGAGACAUGGAUUUGGCGUGAAAUCAUGACAAGAUCUACUGAAACAACUGUGAAUGUAACUGUUCCUGAUACCAUUACUUCCUGGGUAGCCAGUGCAUUUGUAAUAUCUGAAAACCUUGGAUUCGGUGUGAUUAAAAUGCCCAUUGAGUUAGAAGUCUUCCAGAAGUUUUUUAUGUCUUUAAACCUCCCUCAUACUGUGACAAGAGGAGAGCAUUUUAUGUUGGAAGUAAAUGUAUUCAAUUAUAUGAAAGAAAACACCGAGGUUACAGUAACUCUUGAUACAAGUGACACCUUUGAAAUCCUUAUAAUUUCUAAUGAUAUAAAUGCCAUGGGAAACCAGCGGUCAGUGUGGGUCCCAAGUGAAGAUGGGAGGACUGUCAUUUUCCCAAUCAAACCAAAGCAAAUUGGAGAGAUUCCCAUCAGAGUGACAGCAAUAUCUCCCAUUGCUUCUGAUGCUCUUCUCCAGAAAGUAUUAGUGAAGGCUGAGGGACUUGAGCAGUUUCAUUCAGAGGCAGUUCUUUUGGAUUUGGCAAAAAGAAGUAGUCUUACAGAAAAUUUGAAUUUCACUUUCCCCUUUAAUGUUGUACCUGGCAGUGAAAGAGUUCAAAUCACAAUUAUUGGUGACAUGCUCGGUCCUUCUAUCAAUGGUCUUGAGUCCCUGAUCAAGAUGCCUUAUGGAUGUGGGGAACAAAACAUGAUAAAUUUUGCACCUAAUAUUUAUGUCUUGGACUAUCUGACUAAAACAGGUGACCUCCACUCUAAUCUGAAAUCAAAAGCUGUGUCCUAUAUGAGAGAAGGCUAUCAAAGGGAGCUUCUUUACCAAAGAGAUGAUGGUUCUUUCAGUGCUUUUGGAAACAGUGACCAUUCUGGAAGUACAUGGUUAUCCGCUUUUGUGUUGCGAAGUUUCACUCAGGCUCAGCCUUUCAUUGACAUUGAUCCAUUCAUACUGGAAAAAACAGCAGCUUGGAUUGCCAGUCAUCAGAAACCGAGUGGAGAAUUCCAGGAACCUGGACGAGUGCUACAUACUGAACUCCAAGGAGGCACUAACAGCUCUACCUCGCUUACAGCUUAUAUUAUGGCUGCCUUACUAGAGUACCAGAUGGAUAAGUAUGAUAAUAAUAUAAGAAGAGCUUUGAACUUUCUGGAAUUUAAAUUAAGUGAAGGCAUAUCUGAUAAUCAUACUCUAGCUCUUGUGACUUAUGCUUUAUCGAUAGCAAGGAGUACAGAUGCAAAGAAAGCUCUGGAUACACUGAAUGAGAGAUCAGAACAACAAGGAGAUCACAGGUUCUGGAUCUCACCAGCUUCUGAACUGUCUGAUUCCUGGCAGCCACGUUCUGUUGAUAUUGAGGCUGCUGGCUAUGCGCUAUUAUCUCAUGCUAAACAACAAAGAUUGCUAGAGGGGAUCCCUAUUAUGAAAUGGCUGAGCCAGCAAAGAAACCACCUGGGAGGUUAUUCUUCUACACAGGACACGGUGGUGGCUCUGCAGGCUUUGAGUGCCUGUGCAAUGUUGACUACUGGCAUUGAAACAGAAAUGGAUGUGACAGUCACUUCAGCCAGUGAAGAAAUUCCAGUGACAUACAAAAUCAAGAAAGAAAACCGCUUUCUUCUCAAGACCAAAGAGAUUGCAGCUACACAGCCAGUGGGAAUUACUGUUUCUGCAAAUGGUCGUGGUUUUGGAAUAUUUCAGCUCAAUAUUAUGUACAAUGUAGACAACUCACAUAGCAGCCGAAGUCGUAGAUCAGCACAAGAUCAAGAAGCCUUUGACUUGGAUGUCACUGUGAAGGAUGACAAAAAAGAUAUUAAUCAUUUAACACUGAAUGUCUGCACUAGGUAUUUGGGUACUGGCUCAUCUUCAAGGAGUGGCAUGGCUCUUAUAGAAGUUGGAUUGUUGAGUGGUUUUUCUUUGUCACCCAGUUUCAUGUGUGUAGACGAUCCAAUUAAGAAGGUGGAGACAGAUGAAGGCAAAGUUCAUUUAUAUUUGGAUUCUUUAAAUGCAUCACAGGUUUGUGUAGAUAUUCCAGCCGUGAGGGACUUCAAAGUAGCAAAUACUCAAGAUGCCUCUGUAACGGUGUUGGAUUAUUAUGAACCCAGAAGAAGAGCAGUCAGAAGUUACAACUCCAAAGUGAUGCAGAGUUUAUCAUCUUGUACCUUCUGUGAAGAAGAUGAAUGUGAUCUCUGUGAAAAAGAUGGCUCUUCGUUGAUUUUUCUCUCUUGUGAACUGUUUGUUGUGCAUAUAAGCCUGCUAUAUUGUUGGCUCAUCUUAUAACGCGGCCACAUUGUGUUCUAGCAGAUCUCCAUAAAGCCUUCCUUCAUCAUUCUCGCAAUGCUGAUGCUGCUAAAAAACCUUACAGCUAGACAAAGACUUUGCGAAAAGAUGGUUUCUAUGAGGCUUUGUUAAUUGAAAUAUGUCUGUACUCUGCCAACAUUUAAAUACAAAAUUAAGCUUCUAAUUUAAAAUUAAUAUUUUAGUUUUGCCAUUUUACCAGUCCUUACCUGUUUUAGUCUUGUUGGCAUCUUCAAAGUAUGAAGAAGCAUGAAACCCUAUUGCCUGUCAACAAUAUGGUGUAGUCAAAUACUCAGUACUUGCACAUGUCUGCUAGCAAACCUGUCACUUAUAUAAUUGCACACAGAGUGUAAAGUACUAUUUAGAGGUAAUAACCAACAAAAUAAGUAUUGCGUUAAAAUAAUAUUGUGUGUCAUUAAAGUAUUAAUUGUUCAGGGAAAACUGAGCAAAUCUUUGAACAUGAAGUCAUGCCAACCUUGUACAUUUUGUAAAUACUAGACAUCAAGAUCUACCAAGGAAAAUAUUCAGAAUUGUUAGGAGAAAUUGCACUUUCUAAACUCUAUCGAAUACCAGUUGUUAUGCAAUAUGUACAGACUGUUAGGAAAUGCUGAAUUUGUAACUAAUAUCUACCUGCCUUUUUUGUUUGGCAACAUAUUGCCUGGUCUGAAUGUUAGUUUAUUGUAAUGUGAAACACUGGCAUUUUUUUGAUUUGAGAAAAGAGAAAUGGUGUCUCUUUGAAAGCAUUCACAUGUAUGACACAGAUAUGCCAGCUGAAUAUUUUUGAAAGCAGAUAUUCUGGACUGCAGGGAAGAUGUUUAUUUCAGUUUUGUAAUAAUUUCGCAUUAGAGAGUAUUCUGCUAUACCAAGUAGAAUUAAUGCCUGUAGAGGAUCUCAAAUUUUUCUAGCCCUAUUGGACUACAUUGUUUUCUGAGAAGUGAUUAAAUCCUGUAUGUUCCUGCACUUCCCCUCACUGCAAGAUAAGUGGGAAAAAAGCACAACAAAUGUUUCCCCCCCCCCCCUCAUGCACCAUGAUAACAUAUAUCUAUCGGUGGGGCAAGGAGCUGAUGUCUCAAUUGUGUAUCUCCUACCCAAAGAAGUUAGGCUGGCCCUAUCUCUUUUAAGCUUCUGGCAGGCAGCCCAAACAGUGCUGUUCUGGGUGUCUUUCAAUGUUAGAAGUUGUUGUUUUAACUAUUUCAAAACUGGAUUCUAAGAUUGUACGGAACUUCUAAGGAGUAUUUUAAUGUGUUUUUGAAAAUAUUUUUAUCUUUGCAUGGUUUUGACUAGUUUUUGUUUGUUUAUCAUCUUGGGAGCCUUUAUGAGCUGGAAAGUGAUACAGAAAGACUUUAAAUAAAACACAGGAAUAAAUAAAAUGCUGUUUUAACUUUUACUCUCAUAUUCCCUAGGCAGCGUUAAAAGUUGUAAAAGAUUGUGGAAAUUGUAGACAAAAAUAUCCCAAAAAGCCGUGAAUCCCCCAUUCCUGCUAAGGGGCCACUUCAGUAAAGUAUGGUGCUUCUUUUAACCCUGCCAUAUAUGUUUACUGAAAAAUAAGACCUACUGAAUGAAUUUAAUAGGACUGACAUGUUUGUCAGGACUAUUGUAUGAUUCAACCAAAGAUAAACAGUUUUAUGUUCUGUUUUUUUUUUAACCAAGAGAGAUUUUAAACAUAAAAAACAAUGGGAUAGAUUUUCAUUCUGCUAUGGGAUGUAGAAGCUCUUUGAGUGGAUUGUUCUCAAGGGGGUGGGCUUGAAAUUAGGAAACAAAAGCAUUAAGGGGCCCAUGCAAUAUGGGGAGAGUGGUGAUGCAUUAGCCAUCCAGCGUUUGGCUCUCAACUAUACUGGAAGACUAGAUCCAUAAUACAAACUGUCAAAAAAAGUAUGGAUUAGGCUUCCUGGUGCAUCCCUAGUCUAUUUCAUCAUGAGAUUCUGUGAAUUCUUGAAAAAGAUUAGAGAGUGGUCAUGAUCCUAUGCAUAUUUGCUCAGAGGUGGCUCACUGUGGCUCAUUACACUGGCCAACAGACAUGUGGGUGCAUCAAAUGUUAGCCCUAUUUCUGGGUAUAUUUGACAUGCUGAUUCCAAAAAUGAAUCUAGUUAUAGGACAUAUACCUUCUACCACUCUUCAUUCUGCUCGCCCAUACAAAUCAGGAUACUUUAAUGUAGUGUUUAAAUACCUUUUAAUAAUGAAGGAAACAUAUUACAAAUUAAAAGGAAAAUGUACUACAUGUACACCUACUUACUUCAUGCCAAAAGCAAACAUUUAUAAUACUAACUUUCUAGUCAUUUGACACACAUUUCUAAGAAACUAGAGCUGAUGCAGUCUAGCCAACGCAAUUUUCUGAAUAAUCACCCCAAAUAACCUCAGAAAUAGGCCUAAGAACCAAGAAUGUUUUGUUGUUGUUGGGCUGUGUUUUUUUGUUUUUGUUUUGGUUUGCCUUCAGGUCUUUCCAACUUAUAGUGACCCUAAAGUGAACAUAGUAAAGGUAAAGUGAACAUAUUUUGGGUAAUUCUUGGAAUGAUUUGUUCAUAGGGGAUUGCUUUACCUCCUUUUGAGGUUGAGGGAAUGUGAUUUUCUCAAGGUCGUUCUAGGUAAAUACUUAAGUCCAUUCGAUGUUUUAAGCUUAUAAAUAACCAUCUAUUCAAUUGUCAUACUGAAAUGCCAACAUUAAAAAGUUAACUUUGACUUUGACUUAUGCUGCCAUUUCCCCCUCACUGAGAAAAAUCUGUCUUAUGCUCACACAUGCAUAAUAAAUUUUUAUGUAAAUUAAGAAAGUUAUGUCACUAGCUUUUCCCAAACAUUACAGCAUUACCUUGAUUGUAUAUUGUUCUAUUGUGCAAAGAUCUAAAGUUUUUUAUAGACAGUGUUUCCAGUUGUCUAAUUGAUUGUAUUCUCUGAAAUAGUUGGCUUUUAAAGUUAAAACACAGAACAAUCCUACAGCAUCCCCUUUGUCAUUAUUAUUUUCCAUGGUAAUUCCAUCAUAUGUAGCCUUCCUGUGAUCUUCCACUAAUUUUGGGAACUACUGCAAUUGCUUCAUUAAAUACCCCCAAAGUCCUGUGCUUGAUUAAAUUGUCAUUGCUUUAAUCGUGGAUGUUAGCAGCAUUCAUCAACCCAGCAAGAACGAUAAUGCUUGUUUGGAACAAACUUCUGCUUGUCAUUUCUUGUUGGACUCAUUGCUCUAAAAUCUCAAGAGGUUUGGAUUGAUGGAUACAAAAUUCAGACUAGGUUUUUCUGCCAGUAAUAUUACUAUGUGUUAAAAAGGAAACAUGUGAAGUCCUGCUGAUACAAUACUGCUGUAUCUGUUGAUCACUGAAAAUACUUGUAUGUACGGAAAAGCAUUCAAGUAGAGUUUGACAUUCACCCCCAUUUGCUGACCCUAAUAGCUUCUACAUGAUGUCUGUAACUGUCUCCUUUCCAAUACACAUGUUUAUCACCACGGCUUGAUUAAAAAACAGUGAAACCCAACCAA